CCGAGCAGCAUCUCCCGGGGCAAGUUAACGAAAGCUGUUGCUCCCAAACUUCAGGGCUCUGCGUAAAUUGUCUCUGACGGGACACGGACUCGGACCCGGACCUGGACGCGAGCCCGUGUCAGUGCUCAGGGGACUGAAGCCCAGACCAUCCCGAACUGACACAGGCGUCUCCACUGUUCUGUAGCAUCUUUGUGCUCUUAGGACCCAAGAGAUGCGUUUCAGAGAGGAUUGCCAGGUGCUCUUAAACCAGAUGAAAGAAAUCACAGGAAUUCAGGAUUCAGCAUUCCUGCUUGCUGCUCUAAAGGCUGCUGAUGGAGAUCUCAUGGAAGCAGUCACCUUUCUGACGGAGGACUCCAGUCCAGAGCCAGUGCAGAGCCCGGUCUGGGAAGGGAGCACAGUGAGCAAACAGCUCCCACAGGAUGUUAGUGCUGUACCUACCCUUCACAACCAAGACAACCUCUGCACAGCCAACACGGUCAGACCACUGGAAUCACCAAAAACGCUGGCUGCAGAGAGGGAUGCAGCUGAAAGAGCACAGGACACUCAUUCUGCUGAAAACAAAAACCGCUCCAAAAGGAAACGCUGUGAAGUCUGGGGAGAGAGCCCCAAGGAGGAUGACUGGAGAAGAGCAGGUGACUGGCCUGUUGGAAUGAAAAAUAUUGGAAAUACAUGUUGGUUUAGUGCUGUUAUACAGUCUCUGUUUCAGUUGCCAGAAUUCCGGAGGCUGGUCCUUGGGUACUCCCUCCCACAGAAUGUGCUUGAAAGUUGUUGUAGUCACACUGGAAAAAGAAAUAUUGCAUUCAUGCAAGAACUUCAGUGUCUGUUUGCAUUAAUGCUGGGGACAUGGCGUAAAUUCGUGGACCCUUCUGCAGCACUGGAACUUUUGAGAGAUGUGUUUAGAUCAGCUGAACAACCACAGCAAGAUGUGAGUGAAUUUACACACAAACUACUGGACUGGCUGGAGGACGCCUUCCAGCUCACUGUGAAUGUGACGAGCUCUGGAGACAAAUCCGAAAACCCAAUGGUGCAGCUCUUCUACGGGACUUUCCUGACUGAGGGUGUCCAUGAGGGCAACACUUUUUCCAAGAUUGAGACCUUUGGUCAGUAUCCCCUUCAGGUAAAUGGGUACCGGAAUCUGAAUGAGUGCUUGGAAGGAGCCAUGGUGGAGGGAGAGAUGGAUGAGGCAACAGCAUCUCAGUCAGUGAAGUAUGGACAGGAGCGCUGGUUUACAAAACUCCCACCAGUUCUGACCUUUGAACUCUCCCGAUUUGAGUUCAAUCAGUCACUAGGACAGCCAGAGAAAAUUCACACCAAGCUAGAGUUUCCCCAGACUAUGUAUAUGGACAGAUACCUCUACUGCAAUAAAGAUCUUAUUCAGAUGAAAAGAGAAGAAAUGAAGAGAUUGAAGGAGAAAAUGGUGACUCUGCAGCAGAAACUGGAAAGGUACAUGGAAUAUGGCUCUGGCCCAGCCCGCUUUCCACUGCCUGACAUGCUGCAGUAUGUGCUCGAGUUCAUUGCUACAAAGCCAGCUGUGGCUGUUUCCUCUGCUCAGAGCUCUCAAACAACACUCCUGCACUCCCAAGACAAGCCUCCUGUUCUGGAUGUGCUUUCACAGCCAAACAGCAUACAAGAGAGGACUGAUACUAGGACUGAAGAUGAAGCUUGUUUUGUGGCAAAUUCUUCGCUGCAGCAAAGCUCCAGUCUGGAGCUCCAGGCUCCUGUGUCACCAGCAGACCUGUCUGAACGUCCAGCUCCUCACGUGGUCUCUGAGGAAGAGCUGAACCUGGUUCAGACGUGUCUGCAGCGAUGGAGAAACGAGAUUGAACAAGACGUGCAAGAUCUGAAGGAAUCUAUUGCCAGAAUCAACCUGUCCAUUGAACAAAUGUACUGUGACCCUCUCCUCCAACAGGUUCCCUAUCGUUUGCAUGCUGUCCUGGUUCAUGAGGGGCAGGCAAAUGCUGGGCACUACUGGGCCUUCAUCUAUGACCAGCCUCGGAAAAGGUGGCUCAAGUACAACGACAUCUCAGUGACAGAGUCGUCGUGGGAAGAGCUGGAGCGAGAAUCCUUUGGGGGCUUGAGGAAUGCCAGUGCCUACUGCCUGAUGUACAUCAGUGACCAGGUGUCCCGUGCUGCUGCAGAUGAGGAUGAGGCCCCAGAGGCCAGACAGUUCCAGAAGGAAGUGGAAGCUUUGUCACCAGAACUGAGACACUACAUCCAGGAGGACAACUGGCGCCUGGAGCAGGAGGCAGAGGACUGGGACGAGGAACAAUCUUGCAAGAUUCCUCAGAUGGAGCCUUCACCUACUUCUGAAUUGCAGGACCUCUCCUCUGAGUCAGGACCAGAGCAAUCAUCAGUUUGUGAGCAGAGCGUGCACUCCCUGUCCUCAGAGCAUGCCAGGAUUGCCAAGGAGCAGACUGCCAAGGCCAUUGCCAACACUGCUGACGCCUACGAGAAGAACGGUGUCGAGGCAGCUCUGUGCAAGGCAUUCCGUGAGGAGUACUCCCGGCUGUACCUGCUUUCCAAGGAGACCCCAACGCCCCAGAACGAUGCCCGCUUGCAGCACGUGCUCAUCUACUUCCUGCAGAACAACGCUCCGCAGCAGGUGGUGGAACGGACCCUCCUCGAGCAGUUUGCAGACAAAAACCUCAGCUAUGAUGAACGGUCCAUCAGCAUCAUGAAGGUGGCUCGGGCAAAGCUGAGCGAAAUUGGUCCUGAGGAUGUUGACAUGGAGGAAUACAAGAGAUGGCACGAAGACUACAGCCUUUUUCGCAAGGUGUCCAUUUACUUGCUGACGGGGUUGGAACUCUACCAGAAUAGAAAGUACCAAGAGUCACUCACCUACCUGGUCUAUGCCUACCAAAGCAACACCAAACUGCUGCUGAAGGGAACCAACCGAGGCGUGAGCGAGUCGCUGAUCGCCCUGUACAGAAGGAAGUGUCUCCUGAAGCUGAACGAGGUGGCAGCUUCUCUUUUUGUCAGCUGUGAAGAAGCUCAUGUCUCAGAGGGUGUGAGCAUCCUGAAUGAGCUGAUCAUCCCCUGCAUGCAUCUCAUGAACAACUUUGAGAUCUCCAGAGAGGACCUGGAUGCCAUCGAGGUCAUGAGAAACCGCUGGUGCUCCUAUUUGGGACGAGAAGACAUGGACGCAAAGCUGCAGAUGAAGCUGGGUGAGCUGCUACCCCGGCUCCUCGACGGCUCCACUGAGGUCAUUGUGCUGAAGGAGCCCCCGAAGAUCCGACCCAACUCCCCUUACGACCUGUGCAGCCGCUUUGCGGCCGUGAUGGAGUCCAUUCACGGGGCCUCAGCCGUGACCGUGAAGUAGCCGCAGCCGCUCGCCCUGCCCGGGCCUGCCGGGGAGCGCUGGAGCGGGGCAGGAGAGGGGGCUCCACUGGAUUCCAAGCUGUGUUCUUUGUAAAUAGGAGCGGAUGAAAAGCAGUAUUGCACUUCUGAGGCAGAACACAAGGCAGUACUACAAAGGACCUGGGCCGCUGUUACAGUGCAGGCGCAGGCCCUGGUGGCACCACGGGGCCCAACCGGGCUCCAAAGGCUCUUCUGUCCUGGCAGCCUUCUAGAUGCAGCCCUGGGCCCAUAAUGGCACAGGAGCCCAGCUCUGCUCAGCACUGCACACUGUGCCUGGGCUGUCGGGCACUUCCCCAGCUCCCUGAAUGGUCACUGCCAGGGGUUGCAUGUUCUAAUCCAGAGAGAUUCCUGCUCACAGGAGCCUGGGCUGAGUGAGGAGGAGGCAGCAAGGAGCACUGGCUCACGCUCUGCUGCGUGGGCAGUCAUGCACGCAGCUGUGUCUUGUGGUCAAGUCAAGCAGGCUUUUGCCUUUUGUAUUCUAGCUAGCACCAGAAACCACACAGGAGCGUUCCCUGGAGAGGCACAGGCAAAUCCUGGCAGUGAGGAGCCAGGACGGGGCUGUGGCUUUGUGCCUGGCAGGAGCUGACUGGCUCAAGGCAAUCACAUCACCCCAAAGGCAAACUUCCUUCUCCCCUUGGGUGGUGGGUCAGGGCUGGAUUAGUGUCAGUGAUAACUGUGAGGGCUCGGGUCAGCCCAUUGUGUUGAUUUUGUUAACGAAGUGCCCUGUUGGCAUUUCCUUUUGCGGUCACCCUGUGCUUGCAUUUGAGCUGCAGCAGUUGUAAGCCAAAAGUUCUGAGUCACUGGAGGGGGAUCCUGUUUUUUGGAACUAUGCAGAGUUUUCUAACAGUGCAAUAAAAGCAUUUGUUCUAUGUUA